CUUAGCUGGCCUGUAGAUCUCUAGAGGAAAUGAAGCUGCAGAGAGCAAAGCCAGCAGCGGGAGGCAGCAGUCCCGGUGCCCAGCUUGGUCUAAGAGGCAUUGAAAUUCCAGGGCCGAAGUCCUGAGACAAAGAUCAUAAUGAGACAGGAAGGUGGCAUAGGAAGGAGCCCAUUUGCAUGACAAUAAUUGAGCCAAGAAUAGCAAGCUAGAGGGAUGCAAGGGUGAGGCUGGCAGCUGAGCUGGGCUAAACCUCACAAAUCAGUCUACCCAGCUCUGCUCUGCAGGGGAGGCGGAGGCUGAGCCCUGUGCCAGGCUUUUGGGAGGGAAAGAAAGACAAGGACACAGGCACCCGGGGAUUGUGGGAACUUUGGCCAAGCUGAACUUUGCCUUCCUCCUCCUCCUCUGGCCUGGGAGGUGCCUUUGUUUGCUUUGUCCCCAUGGGCUUUGUGGCUGGAGGGCUAAGCGGAUAUCAUGACUGCUCAGAAAGGUCUCUGGGAUGCUAUUGUGAUCGGAGCAGGCAUCCAAGGCUGCUUCACUGCAUACCACCUGGCCAAACACUCGAAGAAGGUCCUCCUGCUGGAGCAGUUCUUUCUUCCGCAUUCCCGAGGAAGCUCACAUGGACAGAGCCGCAUAAUCAGAAAGGCUUAUCCAGAGGACUUCUACACCAGGAUGAUGGAUGAAUGCUAUCAGACGUGGGCCCAGCUGGAGCAUGAGACUGGAGCCCAAUUGCACAGGCAGACUGAGCUCUUGUUGCUGGGGAUGAAGGACAAUCCAGAAUUAAAGACAAUCCAGGCCACUCUGUCCAGGCAGGGGAUUGACCAUGGGUGCCUUUCAUCAGAGGAUUUAAAGCAACGCUUCCCGAACAUUCAGUUCACCAGGGGAGAAGUGGGGCUGUUGGACAAGACUGGAGGUGUCCUCUAUGCAGACAAGGCUCUCAGAGCCCUCCAGCAUGUAAUUUGCCAGCUAGGAGGCACGGUGUGUGAUGGAGAGAAGGUAGUGGAGAUAAGACCUGGCCUACCUGUCACAGUGAAAACCACCUUGAAGAGCUAUCAAGCCAACAGCUUGGUCAUCACUGCUGGUCCCUGGACCAACCAGAUUCUCCGUCCCCUGGGAAUUGAGUUGCCUCUCCAGACCCUUAGGAUUAACGUGUGUUACUAUCGAGAGAAGGUGCCUGGGAGCUAUAGCGUAUCACAGGCUUUCCCGUGUAUUCUGAGUCUGGACCUGGCCCCCCACCACAUCUACGGACUUCCAGCAUCAGAGUACCCAGGGCUGAUGAAGGUCUGCUAUCACCAUGGUGACAGUGUGGACCCAGAGGAGCGGGACUGCCCCACAACCUUCUCAGACAUCCAAGAUGUUCAGAUUCUACGCCACUUUGUCAGAGAUCACUUACCAGGCCUUCGGCCCGAGCCAGACAUCAUGGAGCGCUGCAUGUACACAAAUACGCCUGAUAAGCACUUCAUUCUUGAUUGCCACCCGAAGUAUGACAACAUUGUCAUCGGUGCUGGAUUCUCUGGGCAUGGAUUCAAGUUGGCCCCUGUUGUGGGGAAGAUCCUCUAUGAGCUAAGCAUGAAAGUAGCACCAUCCUAUGACUUGGCACCAUUUCGAAUGAGCCGCUUCUCUACACUGAGCAAAGCCCACCUUUGACCACAGCUGACUCUCUCCUGGGGAGGAGAACCCUCAUGGGGAAGACGUCUAGGAGAAGGAAGUAGCCAUGGCAUGUCUCCUGUCCUUCUGCUUCUAUGGAAUCUCCUGUAAACACCAAAUAAUUGAUCCUCUGUUCCCAGUCACUCUCCUGAGUCCAUCUCUUUUCCCAUCCCCAGAAAGUCAGCCAGAGACUCACCCUCACAAAACAGCAAGGAGCUUAAAGAUGGAGGUCUCAAUGGGGGAGGGGCUCAAGAUAGCUCAAUAGACUAAGGGGAUCCUUAAAUUUCUUUUUGCUGGGACAAUGGAUAAACUUGAGCAUGGUCUGACUAAAUCUGCCUAGGUGAUGUAAAAAUGAUUUUUUAUUUUUUAUUUUUCAAGACAGGGUUUCUCUGUGUGUAGCUCUGGCUGUCCUAGAGCUCACUCUGUAGACUAGCUGGCCUUGAACUCAGAGAAAUCCACCUGCCUUUGCCUCCCGAGUGCUGGGAUUAAAGCCAUGUGCCACCACCACCCGGCUAAAAAUGAUUAUCUUUUAUAAACUGCUAGAGUCUUUGGGAUUUCUUUGCUGAGAGUUUGAGCCAGUUGCCAUCACCAAUUCACAUAAAAUCUCACCUCUAAUAAAUAAACAUUUGCCAGGAAAAAAAUAUUGCUGAAAAAAUUAAAAAGCUACAUUGC